AUGACUACGAGAACACGGGGAAGGACAGAAAUAACAGAACAAAAGGAGGGAGAUCCGGAAGUGAGGCGGGGAGAGCUUUCAUCAGCUCUCGAAACUGUGCGAAGCUAUAUCCUGAGCAACGAUGCGUCAGCUAUGCCCUUAUUCUUGGAACUGCAGAUGAAAUUGGCCGUGGUUUCGCGCGAGCAGAGCAAACGAAUGAGGGAGGAGCGCAUGAACGAGGAAGACCCUACUCCGACUGGCCAAAACGGAGCCCUGUGA